AUGGAUAAUUUAGUACCACAUAAUAUUGAUGUGAUGCAUACAGAGAGAAAUUUCAUGGAAAAUGUACUUUCUACAAUACUUGGAAUAGUAGGAAAAUCAAAGGAUCAUCUGAAUGCUCGUCGUGAUUUGAAAGAAAUGGGAAUAAGGAAAGCAUUGCAUCCUACUCUAAUGGCCUCCGGUAAAGAGCGUAUUCUUCCUGCAAAAUUUACAAUGUCCAAGGAUGAAAAAUUGGUUUGUUGUAAAGUUUUGAAAAAUAUCAAACUUCCAGAUGGCAUUGCAUCAAAUAUAUCAAAAUGUGUACACUUGGAGGAGCGAAAUAUAUGGGGUUUGAAGUCUCAUGAUCAUCAUAUUCUUAUGCAACUGUUGCUUCCGUUAGCUAUUCGCAAAGCAUUGCUUAAAGAUAUAGUUAAAGUUCUUAUAGAGUUAACUAAUUUUUUUAGGCAACUUUGCUCAAAAGUUAAUCACAUAAAUGAUUUGGAACACAUCCAAGAUAGAAUUACUGUUAUCCUAUGUCAUCUUGAGAGAAUAUUUCCUUCAUAUUUUUUUGAUAUAAUGGAGCACUUACCUAUACACUUGGCUGAAGAAGCAUUACUUGCUGGAGCCAUACAAUUUCGAUGGAUGUACCCCAUAGAAAGGUAUCUAUGUACUCUGAAAAAAUAUGUGCGAAAUCGUGCUCAGCCCGAAGCUUCUAUUGCUAAAGGCUAUUUAAUGGAAGAGUGCAUGAAUUUUUGCACAAGGUAUCUAGACGAUGUGGAAACCAAAUCUAAUCGACCCAAAAGAAAUUUUGAUGGCAGUAAUGAUGAAGGACGUGCUACAAGAAAAGGAGUGAACAUAACUCUUGAUAGAGUUACAUGGACACAAUGCCAUCGUUAUGUCUUAAUGAACACUGAUGUUGUGCAACCAUUUAUUGAUAUGCAUAUGACAGAACUUUGUGUGAAGUUUCCACGUUACGGGUACCAUCAACUUCAAAGUGUGCAUAAUGAUACAUUUCAUACAUGGUUCAAAACUCAUGUUGAAGAGCAGCUAAAUGCAGGAAAUUCUAACUUUUCAGAAGUAAUCAAAACAUUAGCAAUGGGCCCUAAUCCUCGAGGGAGAAGUUUCAAGGCUUAUAUGAUUAAUGGAUUUCAUUUUCGUACAAAGGCUUUCGAAACUAGUAGAACAACUCAAAAUAGUGGAGUAAUGCUUAGGGCAAAAACUACUAGCUAUGCUAGUAGGAAAGAUAGGAAUCCAAUUGCUGGAGAAAUUAUUUACUAUGGAGUAUUGAAAAAUAUUAUUCAAGUACACUAUAGUAAUAGGAUCAAGUUUGUUAUGUUCAAUUGUGAUUGGGUUGAUAAUCAAAGAGGGAAAAUGGAAGAUGAUUUCAAAUUUACUUUGGUGAAUUUUGAUCAUCUAAUGUAUAGAGAUAAUCAGAUGUCGGAUGAACCAUUCAUAUUUGCUAGUCAAGCAGAGCAAGUAUUCUAUAGCAAUGAUCCAGUGGAACCCAAAUGGCAUGUUGUUCUGAAAAUGAGUCGCAGAGAUAAUUAUGAUGUUUACUCUUCUUUGGAUCAAGAAGAUUCAUAUUCUUCUCAAACUUUGGAUGAUAAUAUUCCUAUUAGGGAUGAGGAUAAUGCUUGGGUGAGGGAAGAUGUAGUUGUUGAUGGAGCCAUUGAUCUUGGACAAGAUGAAGAAGUUGCAGAGAAUGAUGAAACAUAUUAG